AUGAGAUCUCAUGGCUCACCAAUGUCACAUAAGAUCAUAGUAGGUCUCAUUGCUACUUUUUUGGGUGGUUAUGUUACGUAUAAAACAGGGUCUGAUUUUGAAUUUGUUAAAUUUGAACCAAGAAGGGAGGAAGAAAUUGAGAAAUUAAAAAAAGAUGGUAAAAACCCUUUUGAAGUUAAAUUUUUGGAUCAAGUUAGUUUGAAUUUGAAACCUGAAGCCGAAGCUAGAAUAUUGAAGAAAAUGAAGGAAGAACAAGAGAGAAAGUUGGCGCUUGAAAAGGAACAAACAAAUGGAAAUUAG